ACUGUUACUCUCCUCUCCCCAACGACUCGCACCCCUAGACAUUCCACAACGGGCACUAGAUGUCAUGUCCUCGUCCACAAUAAAGCACAUCUCUAUCGCAUCACGAAGAGGACCGGCACAAGUAGCCUUUACAGCCAAGGAGCUGAGAGAGCUACUGAACCUACCGGACGUAGCCAUGAUCCCAAUCGCUUCGGAAUUACUGGCGACGCCAGAAGGAGCUAGCAGGCAACAGUCUCGAAUUCUCGACCUGUUGAGAAAGGGUUCUGUCGCCAAACCGGAGACAGCAAAGAAAACUUGGUCGCUCGAGUUUUUCCGCUCUCCUGCAAAGUUGAUCGAGAAUGGGGUAGAAUUCAAUAUCAACACGCUCGAUGAGGAGGAAAGAGCAGUUCCAACUGGACUCACAGAGCAUGUGAAAACUGAUCUUAUGGUGAAUAGUGUCGGGUAUAGGUCAGAGCCUCUUGAACCAGAUUGGUUCAAUGGUGCCUUGGGCCGUGUCCGACAGAGCGGGUCGCGAGGGCAAUACGAACGGGAGGGAAGCCCCGUACGCGAGCACUAUAUGCGAAUAGUGACGUCGUAUCGAUUCGAUGGGUAA